CGAACCGAUCAUUCCUAAUACAGCUCUCUGAUCGGAAGGAACUGCACCGGAAUUGCAGACGAUUUUUACCAUAAUGGGAAAAGAUUACUACGAAAUUCUGGGCAUCGAACGGAAUGCAUCCAGCGAAGAAGUGAGGAAGGCUUACAAGCUGAUGGCCCUGCGCUAUCAUCCGGACAAGAAUGACCAUCCACAGGCCGAGGAGCAGUUCAAGGAGGUGGUGGCCGCCUUCGAGAUCCUGUCCAACAAGGAGAAGCGCGAGAUCUACGACCAGUUCGGUGAGGAGGGCCUAAGGUGCGAUGACGAGCCGGCGACCUUCGCCCAGCCCACGUCCGAUAUGGUGCCGUUCAUGUGUGCCGUUGGCGGAACCGUGCUGUUCGCCUUUGCCGCCUAUAAGACAUUCCAGUUUUUCACACGCAAAAAGGAGACGUCGGCCAACAACGAUGGGUCGUCCUCGGACUAAGCUAAGGACUACAAUAAGGACAUACUCGAAUUAAGUUAAGUAAGAGAAAGGACUAUUUGAUCUGGCUAAGCCUGUGAUAUUUCACGUUAUUGUUGUUCUGCUAAAUCGGGACAUGCAAUGUUGCUUUCAAGAAUAUAUUUUUAACGUUGCUGCCUCAUUGCGCACCCUUAAUUUACAAUAAAGACCUUUUAUUAAAAA